CCCCCCCCCCCCCAAAAAAAAAUCUGUUGCAACAUCCAUGGCUGACCACAGCACCGAUGGUCUAAUGCACCGAAACACUGUCAGUGACAAGGAGAUCGAGCAGGUCAAGACCAUUGCAAACGAACUCAUCUCCAAAAUCAACACGAGGUUUACAAAGGCGAACACUAGUGGGGACGCCAUUCUCGAGCAAUGGGUCGAGAAUGUUACAUUGGCCUUGGGAGAUACCACUAAUAUCGAAUAUACCGAUUGGUAUUCUGAACUGGCCAAACGGUUCGUAUAUUUCCUCGAAUCUACACCUGCGCAGGAAGAACUCCCUUUGGUAUUCGGGAAAUUACAGGAGAUCGAGAUCGGUUCCGAGAACACUUUCCGAUCAAAGGAAGAUUUACCUUGAUAACGCCUCCUCGAACAAUUCUGUUACAUCUCAGAAUGUAUCAAUUCGACCCGGGAAUACUGUGACUAGCAUAUCGGACAAUGAUCGCCUCGUCACUUCCUCCGGGAAAGCCCCUUGUCUCACCGUUGAGCAGAUUAAAGAAGCAUUGUCCUCAGUGUACCGUCUUUACCCUUAUGAUCCGACCCUGGGGCAAUUCAGAGGUUGCGUUAGAAAAUAUAACUAUGCCACUAGACCGAACGGCAUGGUUGACGCUGGGACUAAUUAUGCUUCAGGCCACAUUCCUAGCCAUUCCCGUCCCCCGGAGAAUACCACCCACCCUACCGAUACGUCUGCAGUUAGGGAAGCGUCGAUGCAUAUCGCAUCGUCCUCAUCCUUAAGAUUUCCUGUUUUUUUCUUGGGCUCGAGAAGCCAGCUUGAAAUCAUUGCAACCUACCUCAAGCUUCGACGAGGUGUUUAUGAGCGUCCGGAUGGCCAAACGAGCGGAUCGGAGAGCCCCACGCCGGCCAGACGCCUCACGGAGACCAAAGCGACUCAGGAUCCUCGGGGACAGCUCCUCCCCGCACAGUUCCUGAGCGUCCAGUAUUAUGCCGUCGCUAUUGAUCUAUAAGUUUGGAAUAGUUGUUUCAUAUGCACGCUUUUUUGUUUCAACAUACUCCUGCCUUCCAUGUACCCAAUACUAUCAAAGUGUAUGAAAUCGG